AUGCUGGGACGAAUAGGAACGGCACGCGGACAACUGGGGGGGCAGUACCACUAUGCUGAGGCACUGACUGGGCAGUAUCUGCCGCUGCCGCCGCCAGUCCUCCAGCACUAUACAUCGCGCCUGCGAGAGUGUCUAGGGAACCUCGCAAUGGCGCCAAGGGUAUUCGAGGCCAUGUUGCACGACGAGGCGUUCCACCGCGACGUGAACAGCAUGUACAACAGGGAAUUUGUGGAGCUGCUGAGGGGCGUGGGGUACAAGUGGCUGCGCACGCACUCCGCAGACAACUUGAGCCGCACUCAGCAUGCCGAGGACAAAGACGCGGACACCGACCUCGCCGAGGAGGCCGACGCGGGGACAGUGGCGGCCACUGCCACCGCAGGCCAGAACCUCCCGGUUGCAAGCGCGGAGGCGGAGGUGGGGCAGGAGCGUGAGGGGAAGCCGGAGACCGCGGCGACAGCCAAGGGCGAUGACGGCUACAAGGACCUGCACUCCAUGCUGCUGCUGUUGACGGUGAUGGGGGCGCCGUACCGCAUGGUGCGGGAUGAGGGCUGCCUUGCGAUGCCGGGCAACAUCCGCCUGCUGCUGUGCCGCGAGCCAUCGAUUGUCUACCUCGGCCUUCUUCUUAACUUCACGCAGAUGCAUUUGCCAGACAAGGCGCUCGACGGCGUUGCCCUGAUGCGGGCGGUGGCCCACGGGUGGGGCCCCUCACCCACCUUUGAGGAUGUUGUGAAGUCUGCGCUGCGGGCGCGGCAGCGGCGCAGGCAGCACGCGGGGGCGUGUCGCGAGCAGGACGAGGACGCCGCGGCGCUGCAGCUCCCUGACUUUGUGAAGGACCCGCUGCGACUUUUCCACGAGAGGAUGUUGCCACGGUCCGCGCGGAGCGGCGCCACUCAGCCCGACGCCGUGCAGAUGAGCGAGACGGUGCUGCGGAACAUGGCGGCCGCCGCGGGGGAUGCGGAGCGGCUGCUGUGGUGGUGCCGCUGCCGGCUGCUGUGCACGCAGCUGCUGCCGAGCUCGGAGCGGGAGGAGGUGCUCGCGGGGCCCCUGAGCGCCUUCUUCCGCAGCAUCUGGCGCACGGAGCGGCUCUUCCCCGCCAUCCUGGAGGAAGCCGACCUCGACGACGACGAGGAGGAGGAGGAGGAGGAGGCCGAGCUGCGCCCGGCGGUGGCGCAGGCGGCGACGCUCGUCGGGACGAUCGCCGACGUCGUGCACGCCUGGCACUUUGCGCUGCGCGGGUGCGCCGUAAUUUCCGGCCUCCUCUCGAUGCGCUACGUGCAGAACCCGCUGGAGGCCGUGAGCUGCAUCGUUCCGCGGCACCGCAAGUUCCAGGAGGGCAGCCACCGCUGCCUCGCGGAGGACUGGCAGUUCCGACUCCUCACGGAGUACCACAGCACCCACCUCGCGCUCUUCACGGCCCCGAACGCCACGGGACACGCCGCGAUGGUGCCGGCGAUGGUGGCGCAGCUGACCGACAUCCUGCGCUUCCAGCCCCACUACUGCGCGGUGCAGCUCAUGCGCAGCCUCGCGCUCGCGCGGGAGGGCGCGAACACGUCGAUAGCGCUCAACCACGGCCUGGUCCGCGCCGUCGCGACGGUGAUGCGGACGUACUUGGAUGAGCAGCAGCCGCCGCCGCCGGGCGAGGCGGGGUAUGCGCAGCAGCACGCCCGCCGAAGGCGCGGAACGGAGCGCACCCUCGUGUAUGGCUGGACCUACGAGGCGGUGCGGGUCCUGCGCUGGUGCUUUUUUGUGCUGGAGCGGCUCGCCACCGUCUCGACGCACGAGUCGAUAAACCCAAUUGUCUUUCUGCUCACCCCAGACGAGGAGGACGGCUACGAGCUUUGCCAGCACAUAUGCAAGAGAAUCCUGCACCCCGAUGGACACCCCGUGCUUCUCGCCGCCGCGUUUCGUUUUUUUGCGGCCUGCAUCCACCACAACGUCCGCGACGUGGUGCCCGCGUUGCUUCAGCGGGGUCUACUGCACACCAUUUUGGACAUUGGCGAGAACCCCACGCUUCUCAAGCGGUACAACCAGCGCACCCUCGGGGCGGCAUCGGCCGCCGCAGCAAACGACCCACAGAGUGCGGAACAAGGAGAGACCACAGCUGCCCAGUCGGCCGAGAAGGCAGGCAGCUCUGAUGGCAGGCUUCCUGACACAUCCGCCCCGCCGACGAGCGAGACGGAGGAUGCUGCACAACGCGCCACUGCUGCCUCUAGUAGCGACACCGACGCCACGGCCUUGGUGGACCCAAUGGCGUACUAUGAACAGGCUCUCCCGAUGUUAGACCUUUGCAGCGUUUUACAGGCCUUUGCGGUGCAUAACAGUACCCAUGCACAGCUUUGCAAGCCACAGUUGAUGUGGAGCCUAGUUUGGGCGCUCGUCGUGCCUGUUUCCCCUGCAUCAUCCGCGACGGUAGCGGGGGCACCGACGCCGCUGCGUGUAAGCACCCGAGCCGCCACGGCUGCUGGCAAGGAUCUCAUGUCGCUGCUUCGCACGCUGCCCUAUUUGCUGGACGACUUCUUGGAUGCCUGCUUCAAGACGCUUUCAGGCCUCGUGGCGGCGUCGCAGCGCGAGAACCCACCCGAGGAGGUUGCACUCUCCAUUUGGAACAUAAUUGCGUUGCUCGCAGGGGCAGAGUUUCGUCAACUGACGCAGCGCGUUCAACACCGACGUCAGCGCAACCAUGUACCCGACCGGAACACGUUGACGGGUGAAAUGAUCGUGCAGAUGUUUGCUAGCCACAGUGUGGCGCUGUCACAGACGAUACGGGCGCUUUUGCAAUUACCGCAGCGAAUGACCGUCGUUUCUACCAACUACACCGUCCUGAGCUUGUUUGUGAGCAACGUCCCCUUGCCGAUGCUCGACGCAAUCUCCACUGUGAUUCUCAGCCACGUCAAGAGGCUCGCUGAACUCGUCCAGGCCUCUGGGUUGGCGCCGAACGGCGGCCUCAGCGAGGGGCAGGCGAGCUCCCUCCUGCUGCUCUCGUGGGCCUUCUGCAAGUUCCAGACCUCGCUCCCGCAGGCCAUCUCAAAGCUUCGGUGCGAGUUGGGCAACCUGCUCUUCGACACCUAUGUCGCGCUGGAGGUGGCGGGCGGCAGGGUCGCCUCCCCCACCAGCCGCGACGAGGGGGAUCGCCCCGCCCCGGAGCCGACGCCUGCGGAAGUGGAGGGGUACGGGGCCGUUUUGGCGGCCUCACGCUUCGCCGCCCCCGCGGCCGCCUCGGCGCCACUCUCGUCAGAGAUGGACUUUGCCGCGGAGUGGCCGUGGUCGCCUGGGAUGAGCUACCCGGAGGGCUCGCUCUACCCGGCGCCGGAGGCGCGGGUGUCGCCAGAUGCCGCCGACGCGGAGCGAGGGACGUUGAGCGCGGUGGACCUUUUCCGUCAAAGCAUUGCGCUGAUGCUUGCCCCACCCGCUGAUCGCCGCCGACAGUAUUUCUCUCCCAGCCGCGUGUACCGCCACCACGGCCUCCUGUCGCCAAACCAGCAGUGCCUGUUGCCCGUGGGCAUCACCCACCUGCUGGGUGGGGCGGAGAAGGUCUUGAAAUCCAUCACGCAGAGCAUGCGGGGGGCCGUUGAAUGGCAUCUGGAAGCGUUGAAGGUGGACGCCAAGGAUAGCGUGAUUGCCGCGGGGAUUCAGAAGACACUCCGCGCCGUCGCCCUGGAUGCGUUGGAAGUGUCGAAGCUGAAGGAGUUGGAGAUGCGACUGCGCUUCGCCGAGGGACCGACCUCCAUCAUUUGGCGGAAUGGCAGCAACCCGGACAUCGGUUUUACGGUGCUUUUUACGAGCGUUCUUCUGUACCUGCAGUUCAUAACGGAAAGCAUUUUGCCGCGUAGCAAGGCACCACACGCUGCAGCGGCUACCGUCACAGACAGUGGCGCAAUGACGACACGCGUUCGUUGCGAGGAGGAUAUGAGCGACGAGGCUGCGGGGGCGGCGCCGGCGUCGUCGUCGUCGUCGAAGCUCCUGGCUGUCGUGACCUCCCUGACGCGCAUUUUUGAACUGCUUCUGAAGGUGACUUCGGAGCGGAGCUCGGCCCGCCGCCCCUGGGUGCAGCCACUCCUGUACUUUGCGCUUGUCGUUUGGCAAGACCACGGCCUCAGCUUUUCCCCCAGUGAUGACGCUUGGCAUCUUGCCGCGGCUGUUGGACUUCGGCACGGACAUCUUCGACGGCAACGCCGACCGGUCGCUGGCGACGGUGCUUGCGCACAUUUCCGAGAACGAGAAUAG